UAAAAGAAUAAAGAAAAGAAAAGAGAAAAGAAAUCAAUCUAUCAAAAAUCUAAUCCAUCUAAUGUCUCUCUCCACGCACAAAAGGUCUAAAAGCCACACAACACACAUCAGUCACCAGACGUAGCAGAGGGCACUGUGCAGAGAGCACCCAGUACUGUUCUGUUCUGAUCCUCUCUCUCCUCUUCUUCACAUUUUGUAAAAAUAAAAAUAAAAAUCAAAACUUUUUUAUUUUUCUUCGCUCUCACAAAUGAAAUUAAAAAUCUUUGGGUUUUUAUGGAAAACCCUUUUUCCACGGCUUUAAGACUCACUCAUCACUGUGCACUCUCUUCUCUUUUCUGAGAGGGUAAAGUUCCAAGUCAUGAAGAAACUCCUCUGAAUAAAUUUUCUUUAUUUUUACUUUUUUUUAUUUAUAAAACUCUUAUCUUUCCCUAUCUCUCUCACUCUCUCUCUAUCUGAUGGGUGGUUUAAUCGAUCUGAACGUGAUGGAGACGGAGGAGGACGAAACGCCGUCUUCGGCUUCUGCUGAGUCGCUCUCUCCUUCCUCGUCCUCCUCAGCUUCGGCGUCUGCGUCUGCGUUUGCGGUGAGUGGGUCAUCGUCGUCUUCAAGCUCGUCUGGGGUUUGUCUGGAGCUGUGGCACGCUUGUGCUGGACCCCUCAUCUCUCUCCCGAAAAGAGGAAGCCUUGUGUUGUAUUUCCCUCAGGGACAUUUGGAACAAGCCCCCGAUUUCUCCGCCGCGAUUUACGGGCUCCCUCCCCACGUGUUCUGUCGUAUUCUCGAUGUCAAGCUUCACGCAGAGACAGCUACAGAUGAAGUUUAUGCUCAAGUCUCUCUUCUUCCUGAGUCCGAGGACAUUGAGCGGAAGGUGCGUGAGGGAAUCAUAGAUGUUGAUGGUGGAGAGGAAGAUUAUGAAGUGCUUAAGAGGUCAAAUACUCCUCACAUGUUCUGCAAAACCCUCACUGCUUCUGAUACAAGCACCCAUGGAGGCUUCUCUGUUCCUCGCCGUGCAGCCGAGGAUUGCUUCCCUCCUCUGGACUAUAGCCAGCCCCGGCCUUCUCAGGAGCUUCUUGCCAGGGAUCUUCAUGGCCUCGAGUGGCGAUUUCGCCACAUUUAUCGAGGACAACCUAGGAGGCAUCUGCUCACUACUGGGUGGAGUGCGUUUGUGAACAAGAAGAAGCUUGUAUCUGGAGAUGCUGUGCUUUUCCUCAGAGGUGAUGAUGGCAAACUGCGAUUGGGAGUUAGAAGAGCUGCUCAGAUCGAAGGCGCUUCUGCUUUCUCGACUCAGUAUACUCAGAAUAUGAACCACAACAAUUUCGCUGAAGUAGCUCAUGCCAUAUCCACUCAUAGCGUUUUCAGCAUUUACUACAACCCCAAGGCAAGCUGGUCAAACUUCAUAGUCCCUGCACCGAAGUUCUUGAAGAUUGUUGAUUAUCCCUUCUGUAUCGGUAUGAGAUUCAAAGCAAGGGUUGAGUCUGAAGAUGCCUCUGAGAGAAGAUCCCCUGGGAUUAUAACUGGAAUCAGCGACUUGGAUCCUAUCAGGUGGCCUGGUUCAAAAUGGAGAUGCCUUUUGGUAAGGUGGGACGACAUUGAGGCGAAUGGGCAUCAACAGCGAGUCUCACCAUGGGAGAUCGAACCAUCUGGUUCAAUCUCCAAUUCAGGCAGCUUCAUAACAACUGGUCCCAAGAGAAGCAGGAUUGGCUUUUCCUCAGGAAAGCCUGACAUUCCUGUCUCUGAGGGGAUUCGCGCCACAGACUUUGAGGAAUCUCUGAGAUUCCAGAGGGUCUUGCAAGGUCAAGAAAUUUUUCCGGGUUUUAUCAACACUUCUUCGGAUGGUGGUGGUGGUGGUGCCGGUGCCAGGAGAGGCCGGUUUAAAGGAACAGAGUUUGGUGACUCUUAUGGGUUCCAUAAGGUCUUGCAAGGUCAAGAAACAGUUCCCGCCUACCCAAUGACCGAUCAUCAUCGGCAACAGGGGUUGAGCCAGAGGAACAUUUGGUGUGGUCCGUUCCAGAACUUCAGUACCCGUAUCCUCCCGCCGUCUUCAUCCCACGUUUCGUCAUCGCCGUCUUCCGUCUUGAUGACCAACUCGAGCGGUCCUAACGGGCACCUGGAAGAUCACCACGGAGGUUCUGGGAGGUGCAGGCUGUUUGGUUUCCCGUUAACCGAUGAGACCACGGCGGUUGCGUCUGCGACGGUUGUCCCGUGUGUCGAAGGGUUGAAUGGGAAUCCCAUGAAAGGUGCUUCUGCUGUUCAAAGCAGCCAUCUUCAUUCGCAGGGAAGAGAGAUGUAUACCAUGAGAGACAUGUUGCUAGACAUUGCUCUCUAGGGUUCUUUGAUUUAUGUUCGCUUUCUUUUGCUUGUGGCUUAAGUUUGUUGAUUUAUUAUUAUUACGAUGAUGACUUGCUAACUUUCGGAUGUCACAAGUUGAUGGCUUUUGUAAACUUUGGCCGCUUCAUUGCAAGAAUGGUUUUUUUAUUAGGUUGAAGUUACAAAAAAAAGUAUUUGCGUUGAUCAACGUUUCAUUUUGUGUCAUCUACGUAUCUCUGUAUUGGCUACUAAGAUUUAACUGAUUUGGUUAAUGUGUUGCAAUUUGUAAUCAAAGACCAAUUCCGGUUAUUUCUGGUUCAAUUCGAAGUUCCGGUUUAAGUCCACCAACAACGACAACAUCGGUCUCUCUCUCUCUCUCUCUCUCUCUCAGCCUUUCGAUCCUAAUCCAAACAGAGAAAAGCUUAAACGCAAAAGAGAAAACACAAUGGAGGAGACGACAUGGGAACAGAGAUUACAAGCCGUGACUCACAUCCUCACAAACCCGACAACGGAACCAUCUCUCUACUCCCAAUUCGUCAUCGGAGCCCUAAUCCCAUGUUACCUCUCGUGGGAUUACCCUCCGAUCCUCUGUCACUCCUCGCCGACGCAUCUCCGUCAGUGGUGGGUUACUCAAUUCCUGAAAAGGGCAUCGAGAUUCGGGGUUCCUAAUACAUCAUGGAGGUCGAAUUGCCCGUAUUACCAGCCGCCGCCGGCGAUUAUGGCCGUCGGAUUGGAGGAAGGAAGAUGGGGGAGAGAAGAGAGGAGAGAGUAUGUGAGGAAGAGGCUGAGGAGGAAGAAACUGGUGAGUGAAGUGAAUCCGUUGAUAACUCUUGUAGCUCCGAAUCUGCUUCUGUUUACUCUCUUGUUAUGGGAUCCUAUUCCUGAACCCGACUGAACUGAUUGUUCUUCUCUGUAUAAACUCUGAUUGUACGCAAGUUCUGUGUUUUUUUGUGUUGAAGAAGAAAGGGAACACACAAAAAAAAAAAGAACUCAUUUUCUCACUAGCCGUCCGUCGGAUUUGGCUUGGUGUAGUUAAGGGUGGUUAAUUCCAUUUGGUUAAGUAGCAUCGCCGGGUUCGACAAUCGAAAUCCAACAAGGUUCGGUGGUGCUAACUGCUAAC